UUCUCUUCUGAUGAAAUGUCUUUCCAUAUAUACAACUAUAGCUAACUUCACGCAUACAUUAUCUUCUUCCUUUUCCGUGUUAGCUGUGAAAGAAGAAACAUGCCGCUAGCAAAAGAUUUACUGCACCCAUUGCCCGCUGAAGAAAAGCGUAAGCACAAGCUGAAGCGCUUGGUGCAACAUCCUAACUCUUACUUCAUGGACGUCAAGUGUCCCGGCUGCUACAGAAUUACCACAGUUUUCAGUCAUGCACAAGGCGUUGUUGUGUGCGCGGGAUGUGCAACAAUCCUGUGCCAACCCACAGGUGGACGUGCUAAACUGACUGAGGGUUGUUCUUUUAGAAGGAAGCCGCAGUAGUAUAUUUAGAUGUCAGCGCGAUUAUUAAUUUUUUUAAUAAACAAAGAAUAAAACGUUUCAACAAAACAAGCAUUUCAACCAUUUUAUCUUUAAUUACAACUUUGGAAAUACUACGAUGUAAAAGUGCUACUAGCUAACCAAGUAUAUUAUUUACAUAAAUGAAAUACCUUAAAAGAUAAAAUGGAAGCGUUGUAUUUGGAAAUAAACGCUUGUGUGUGUUUAAAAAAAAAA